AUGCCUAAACGUAGUGCAGAAGAAAAAAUAGCGCACUAUACGCGAAAAAUCCAAAGAAUACAAGAAAAGAAACUCAAACGUAUUCAACAAGUUUCAACAGUGUUGCCAAAUUCUUCAGACUCUGAAGAAAAAUCAGACCACGAAGAUGCUUCGGCGUUCGAAAAUGUUAAUGAAGAACCUGAAGGGUCUGCCGCAAAUUCGAAUGAGGAGACUCCACCGCCACCUCAAACUGAGGCAGGUGACGCCGAAACAGUCCCUGUAAUAGACGCGGAGUUACUGACCGCUCUUGGGGAGGCCACGGACGAGGCUCCCAAAUAUGGUGAACAAAUUCAUCCGGAUUUGGCUCAAAGAUGGCUGCCUAUAUUACGUAAAGGUAUGGACAAAAAUGCCAAGGACGAACUGAUCAAAGAGUACAGUAUACCAGAAAACUGUAAACUACUAAGAGCUCCGUCAUUAAAUGCCGAGAUCUCCGCGGCUGUUACAGACAUAGCCAGAGGUCGUGAUAAGAAAAUCGAAGCAGAACAACAGCUCUUAGGCGUGGGCCUAUCCGCUAUAAAUAGAGCCAUGACCUUACUUUUAACUACCGACGACAAACAAAGUAAGGUCCGAGCGAUAAAAACCCUAUCUGACGGAUGUCGCAUCUUAUCCGACCUUCAUUUCUUACAGUCGCAGGCCAGAGUGAAACUAGUCACUCCAGGCUUAGAUAAGGUCUUCCUUAAUCUGAUCCAAGAUGUUGAGAGAGAUGAGGCCCUGUUCGGCAGCAAACUGUCCGAAAAAAUCAAGGCAUCGAAAGCGAUCGAAAAACAAAGCUCUCAGAUUAAGAAGACUGUCGCGACACCAGCCACAAGUACAUUCCAGGCUGCGGGCCCAUCCUACGCUCGAUACCGGGGAAACUGGUCGAGGCCCGCUCGCUUCCAACCGACGAGCCGACGGGGGCGCGGCGGGCCACGCUGGAGCGCGCCGGCAGCUCCGAGGUCGACGGCGCCGGCCAGCGCGCAAACGCAGCCCAAGGCAGCUUACACCAGGCCACGUGCACCAGCGCGCCAGUAA